AUGUCUAAUGAGGACCAGGAUCUCCUAGCUCGGAUCGGGGAACUUGCGGGCCAAAUCAAUCGUCACAAGAACCGUCAAGCAGCGACACAGCACUCGACACCUCACGCGCCGACCCAUCGACACAACACAUACCGGCAAUCAAGCGCACCAUAUCCAUCGAGAGGCCGAGGAGGCUACCGCUCACAGCCACACCGCCACCGCACGCUUACCUUCAACAGGUCAGGCGAUGAUCAGGCUGGUGACAGUUCAGCGUCGAACUCCUCCGGUUGGGUGGCCAGGAAUGAUCGCCAUCGACAGAUUGUCAACCAGAACGUGUUUGAGAAGGAUAAAGAGUCACGCGCCAAGGCUAUCGAGGAGACACGGAGGAAAAAAGUCGACGGCAAACGCAGCGGGGAGAGGGCGCGGUUCAACAACUUCUACAAGCACCAGAAGGCGCUUACCGGGACGAAGAAUGGGCACAACAACCCUACCGCUGCCCCGAACGAGCUUACUGUGGAAGGAAUUCGGUUCCAAGUUCUGGAUGGCGGCAAGAAAUUAGCGCGAGUCCCAGAUACGUCCAACCUCGCGCCAACCCCAAAGAGCACCACCAUCGCAGGGGUCAAGUUUUUCAGGACAAAGACUGGCAAUCUCGUUGCCAACAGGAUCGUCCAGGACCACCGCCGGUCCGGCAAGGUCAAGAAGACUGACACGCCGUGCAGGAUCUUCUCUUCGUCUGGUUCAUGCCCCAAAGGGCCUUUAUGCCGAUAUACACAUGACCCGAACAAGGUUGCACUCUGCAAGGAGUUUCUCCGUGAAGGGCGCUGCGCCAACGGAGACUUGUGUGAUCUAUCACACGAGAUGUCUCCUGAGCGUGUACCGAACUGCGUGCAUUACGCCAAAGGAAAUUGCACCAAGGCUGAGUGUCCCUUUACGCAUUCCCAAGCCACACCAAAUGCCCCUGUUUGCAAUGCUUUUGGUUUCUUCGGCUAUUGCGACAAGGGAGCCGAGUGCACAGAGCGCCACGUCUUUGAGUGUCCCGACUUUAGCAACACAGGUCGUUGUAAACACAAGGGGUGUAAGCUUCCGCACCGGGAGCGAGCCAGCCUUAUGCGAGGGCAACAAAAGCCCGACGACGAAAUGGAUGAUGUAUCCAGCGACGAUGACGACGCCGGCUCGGAUGAUAUUGACUCUGAUGCCGUAGCCGAGUUUAUUGACGCGGACUCUGAUGCCUCGGAGAUUGAAGAUCGACAGGACUUUAUUCGUCUGUGA